AUGUUUUUGAUUGCACUUUUGUGCGUUGCUGUGGGUGACCCCUGCGGGUGUGCGUGUGGCCCCAAAACAAAGUUGUCCGAGGGCAAACUUGUCGGCACGAUGACCGCAGCGUGUGGCUGUCGCUCUGUUCUCUUGGGAGAUAUGCCGCGACGCUUUUACGUGUGUGUUGCUUCGGGGACAAUGUGCCGGCGGCUGUGCGGUUGCCGGAUGAAGGGAGAGGAAUGGAAGGGAGUGCGUGAGCGCAGCGGUCAGGAGUCGCGCUGGGUUUCUCGCCGCGGAGGGCAUUGCCCACCCAACCCAGCACCGCUCCUCUCGGGCACCCUCUCACACUCUCUGCAGCAUCGUAUUCGACGCCACCAGCACGCAGUGAGGCAGCGGAUGCCGACACCGCCACGAGUGCGACCGGAGGGGAACACGUCUGCUGUCGCGUUCCGAGGAGGCACACCGUGUGGAACAGCGGCGUGCGCAAAACCUUCUCGCGGAGCCCGCACACGACACCGGCCAGUGGACGCAGGGCGUUUGCGUCGUGGAGGACACCGUGGUGGAGUUCCUCCCUUCCUCCAGGUGGAAGGACGCCUGUUUUUACUUUCGUUCUUACCCAUGAGAGGUUUUUUCUUCCUUUUUAGCUUAAGAACUCUUGCUGUGUUGGGGCGCGGCUUUGGAAAACCCAUCACUUUUGAUGGUGGGCUUGUGCUUCCGUUCGAUCUUUCUCUUUUCCCACAUUGUCGCUUUUUAAAUAUUUUGUGA